AUGGACGCCAUGUCCGUCGGGCUGCUCUUUGGAAGCGUGACCUUCUGGAACUUCGGGGUGCUCUUGUGGCUGCUCGCUGCGGCCCUCCCUGCAGCAUCGGCUGCCAUAGCAGAUGGCAGUCCGUCCGCGCAGCCGGUUCCUGUCAUCCUCGACACAGACAUCGGAACCUUCAUGGACGAUAGCUUCGCGCUCGCGAUGCUGCUGCGCACGCCUCAUCUCGUCCUCAAGCUGCUCGUGACUGCCUCGCACGACGUGGUUGGCCGCGCGAGGGUGGCCGCCAAGCACCUGAGCCUCGUCGGGUGCGACGCUGUGCCGAUCGGCAUCGGCGUGCCGUCGGACAAUGGCACCGGCGCGCUCUUCCCGUGGGCCGCUGACUACGACCUGCGAGCCUACCGCGGCGGAGUCCGCUCGGACGGCGUGGCUGCGAUGUGGGAGGUUGUGGAGAGCUCGCCGGUGCCGGUGGCGCUGAUUGAGAUCGGGCCCGACUGCUAG